UAGGCAGCAGCAAUUUGGUCAAUGUUAUGACUAAUUGGAAUUAUAACGUGGACAGCGCUUAAAGCGAGCGCUACACCAAUUUAAUACCGUGUCGAGAUAUUCAGUUCAUUUAAAACGUUAAAGCAAUUUUGUGCGAUUUUUGUCGGUAUCUGUUGUCGGGGGUCGCCUUCGCCUUCGCAGUCGCAGACGCUGGCCAAAAGACUUGCCUGGGCAAUAUGAUUGCGUGCAGAAAUCAAUAGAUAAAACCAUGAGCAGCAGCUGCCAGAGCAUCGCCACGGCGGCCAGCAGCGCCGCCACAACAGCAGCCGCCGUCUCCAUGUCCGUUUCGAAUGCCACCUCGGUCGGUUCCCUCAUAGCCGCCGCCUGCCUGCAGCCCCAACAGCAUCUGCCGCACCAGCACCAGGCGCCGCCGGCAGCGUCACACUAUGUCAACGGCACGGGCAGUCUGGGUCGCCUUAAGUUUCAUCACAAGAGUCUCGAUGCCAGCGACGAGGAGCUCGAGUAUGCGCAGCUGUCGCGCUCCACGCACAUCCUGGGCCGCUACAAGUCAGAGCGUUUUCUGGCCUCCAAGCCGGACGAGGAUCGACGGCGACGCACGAUCAUUGUGGAGAAGAGGAACGACUCGUACGGCUUCACGCUGCAGAGCUAUGGCAUACACUACAAGUGCGACGAGGAGCUGGAGAUGAUCACGUACGUAGACUAUGUGGAGUAUGGCGGGCCGGCCUAUCGGGCCGGAAUGCGCGAGGGCGAUGUUAUACUCUCGAUCAAUGGCAACGACAUGGAGAAGGCCGAUCACAAGACCAUCGUGGAUUUCAUCAAGAAGUGCGAGCUGCGCAUGCGCAUGGUUGUGCUCUUCGAGGAUUGUGUGCGCAAGGUGGAUCUGCACAUGCGCUACAUCCAGCUGCAGAGCAUGCUGCAGCAGAAGAUGAACGAGCUGGAGCGUGUGCAUCUGCGCGAACGCGAGCUCCUGGAGGGCAAGUGGAAGACGCACAGCUUGCCGGCGCGUAAGAAGGCAAAUGCCGCCAACAGCUCGCCCAGCGAAGGCGACGGCAUCUCGCCCACGGAGCCGGGCGCCAACGAGCCGGGCUUCUAUCGACCCGCCCUGUCCACCGAGGAUGUGGCCAACAUGGUGCUGCGACAGCAACCGGUGAUCAUACCGCCGCCGGCACAGUUUAUGCUCACCUAUCACUAUCUGGACCCGAGCUAUCGCUAUGUGCUGCGGCCCGCGCACCUCGAGGCGGGGCUGCAGCGAAGCAGCAGCAGCGAUCCCCACCAAGCGCAGCAGGCCAUGCAGUACAUGCUGCAGCGCACCGAGUCGCUGGACACGAACAGCGCCAGCCAGGCGACGCAGUAUCAUAGCGCCAGCGCUGGAGCAGGAGGAGGAGGGUUAGGUGUUGGUUCCGGGGUGAAGCCGCCGGCGCCGCCGCCGCGCACCUGCGAGAAGCACAAGCCGCCCGCCAAGCUGGAGAAGACAAAGCAUUGCCAUGCCGGACACUCGUGCAAUCCCUGUGUGGGCCACUUUCGCUGGAAGUCCGCGGAGAAGUCGCACAGCAAUGGGGAUAAUGUCAGUCUCGAUGCUUACGAUCUGGCCAGUCCCUGCUGCGAUACGCAGUGCGUGCCGACACGUCGUCGCCAUCGCCAGCACAAGGAGCACACGCACAAGCACAAGCAUCGCGACCGGGAAAGAGAGCGCUCCGAGCCGAAGGAUAAACAGGCAGCGGGUCGGCACAAGACGCAUGCCGCCGCCGCCGGCUCGCCUGUGGUCAAGGCGACGCAGCCGAAUCAUCAUCAUCAUCACCAUCAUCGGCAUGUGCACGAGCAGACGCCGCCGCCGCCGGGACAGGCGCAGCCCCAUCAUCAUCAUUAUCAGCAGCAGCCGUCGCAGUCGGGUAGCGUGCGCUCGCGCUACUUUGACCUGGCCUCCGGGCUGGCGAGCCACUGCAGCCUGCAUUCGUGCACCUCCAGCGAAUUUGCGCCCGCCGAUUCCGCCUCCUACACGACCUCUAUCAGCACGGAUACACUCUUCUGGGAGCCCAAGAGCGAGGCGGGACAGGCGUCACGUCAGCCAUCGACCAAGUCGCGUCAGUCGUACGAGCAGCCGCAGCCAGUCCCGGUCCAGGGCCAUGUCCACGGGCAUCAUCAUCAUCAUCAUCCGCAUUAUCAUGUGACCGCGACGCAGGUGCAGCCGUCCCAGAUCUAUCCGAACAGCAUGGCCUAUGUGCAGAAGCCCAAGUCGUGGGACAAUCUGGCCACAAAGGCUCUGGUGGGACAGGGCUUUGGCUACGGUUAUCUGGACACAGCGGUGGCCAUGAAGCCGCCGGUCAAGCUGCAGAUUGCCCAGCAGCGGCAUUCGAUGCCGCGUCGCAAUCCGUAUGGCCGUUAUUCCACCUAUGGCGACGUGGAGAACUAUGCGCCGCCGCCCACCGAAUUUGUGGGCGAGCUGACGACCACGACGACGACCACGAUUACGGCCAAGUCCACUGAGGAGCUGCUGGCCGCCUGCGACUGCCUGACGCCGCAGCAGCAGCAGGCCCUGAAGGCGGCCCAAUAUCAGCUCAGUCAGACGCAGAAGCUCUCGCAUCAGAACUCCUGCCAAAUGGGCUACUAUUCCCAUCUGCCCAGGCCCACCGCGGACGUGGGCAUCUCCACGGGACAACCGCAGUCGCAGCAGCAGCAACAGCAGCAGCAGCAGCCGCAGCAGCAGGCGAAUAAUGGAUGCGAUGUUGCCACCGUUUCGGAGGCAACGCGCUUGUAGGCUGCUAGCCAUUAAUUUAGCCAUUUUCUAGCCAAAUUCGGUGCUUGGCAGAGCUUUUUCGCCGGAAACAGUUGAAAUUUUAAGCUUAUUUAGCUAUUUUUUAACAAAUCUGGCAACCCUUUUCAUUGCCAGUUUUUGCUCAGCAACAGUGUUGCCAAUUCAGCUAUUUUCUUGUUAAAUACGGAUAUUUUCCGAUGUCUUCAGACAAAAAUAGUUAAAUUUUAAACCUUUUUAUCUACUCUUUGGCAACUCUGCAUAUGGCUAAAAUGUGCUCAAAACAGCUAUUUAGCUAUUUCCAAGCUAUAUGUGGACCUAAACAAAGGCUUUCAGCUGAACAUAACUAUAUUUUAAUCAGAUCUAGCUAUUUCUGGCAACUCUGGCAAUCUUUUAUUGCCUAUUUCUGCUCAGCCGGCUUAUUCAGCUAUUUUUAGCUAUUUUUAACAUCAUACCUAGCUUAUUUUUGAAAGGGCAGUUGGCAAAACUGCCGAUAGUUGCCAUCAGGCUAGCAACUAGGCCUACACUACACAUAAACCGUCUUUCAAGUGGACUUCCAAAAUGAAUGCAUUCAUAGGCUAGCAAAUGACUCAUUUGCAAAACUAUCUGGCAACGCUGAGUGCAUUUGAUUUGGGGGCUCUCUACACUACAACAUGUACAUCGAAACAAUUAGCAAAUGUUGCAGCCAAAUUUUAAACAUUUUAACUAGCACUUGAAAAAAAACAGUAAGGAACAGUUAGAGACAGUUAUAUGGAUUACAACUAGACGCAUUGCAGUUUCUGAAUUUUUAGAUUUAUUUGAAGACUGAAAGCUACGCGUAGUAUAUUUUAAUAGAGGUCCGGGUGAGACAGGUUCUUGAACCUGGCCGGCUCAAGUGCUUGAAUCUAUAGUUAAAAGCUAGACAGACAUAUUAUAAAUACAUACAUAUAUGAUUUAUAUAUGCAUGAUAGCUAUUGUUUUUAACAUACUGUAGAUAUACCUUUAAUAUAUAUACCUAAUAUUUAUUAUAGUUAUUAUGAAAAGCUGAUGUCGAACAAUGUAAUUUAAUCAUUGUGAUAGCGCGAAAAGGCAGAUACUGAGAAAACAACAAACAACAAAUACAAUUUUAGUCAACUAUAUAUAUAAAAAUAUAUAUAUCUAAGCAUAAUUCAUCAAAGGG